UCUUGUUCACUGAAAAACUUACCAAUUGAUCAACCUUAUUGAAGUUGUUACAUGGUGUAAAUAAUUUAUUUAUCAUCGAAUCAUCCGCGGGUUGGAGAUACAUAAAAAUAUAAUAGUUAUCAUGUCGCAUAAUGUUUCGUAUAUUGCGAUUAAAUUACAUGUCGACUUUUCUUCGUCGCUCAUUUCGCUUAGAUAAUAUUUCCAAACAAUAGGCUUAGAAGGGCUGCGGUGACCUUUUUAUAAGCUAGUUCGAUACAAUCAGAAACGUUUAAUACCUUCUAAGUAGCUGUGGUAUGAUUUUAAAAGCAAUAUGGAAAGAAUAUUUCUAGAAUAUAGCGACGAAAGGAAAUUAUCCAGAUACAGGUGAGUACUGAAUUUGUUGAAAAGUGAAAUAAAUGAGAAUUGAAUGAAAAUUCAUAUAAAUGUUUGAUUACAGAAAUUUGCCUAAAGUUGGUUUCGAUGUGCAUAUUGCGAUUGGAAAUACUGGCGAGAUAAUUACGCUACAGGGACAGAAGCUGACUGAUAAAAUUUCGGCUAUUCAUGAUGAGGUCUUCAAAACGAAAGCGAUUAAUCCGAAGAAUCAGCGAUUAUUUCUUGCAGGAGAAGCAUUGGAAAAAGAAAAGACUUUAUCCGAAUGCAAUAUUACAAAAGAAUGCGCUCUGGCACUGAAAUGCUUCGUACCAGUUCUUGUGUCUAGUCUCGAAUCUCCUGGGCCUAUGCUAACCGAGAUUGAAGUCAGUCCGAAGCAUGACGAAAGUAUCGUACAUCUAAAACGCAAAUUAGGUACUAAACUUGGCAUUGACGUGGAUAUUCAACGACUAUAUUUAGCGCCAUCAGAAAUGACGACUUUUCCCAGGAGACGUGAGCUUGACGAUAUUUCUAACUUAUCACGAUAUUUAUCGCCAUCUGGUGGUAAUAACUUUCUGGAAUUGCGUCCUAAAAUAGUUUCAAUCUCCAGCAAAGCAGACACUAUUGUAUUUAAGGUACCAAUGACCGUGCAAAAUACAAGAGACAAUACACACGGCUAUAAUCUACCUAACAACGAACUAUUAAAGGCCGAUUUGGAUGUUAAAUUGUUGAUGCUACCUCACGAGCACUAUCUCAAAGAAGAAUUAUAUUGGUUAAGUUUAGAAUUAAGUACAGUUACCAUUAUUAAGAGAGAUCCGAUUGUUGAUGACAUCGUAAAAAUAUUACAAGAAAACCUGAGGCCUAUCGGACGAUGCCAGAACCACGACCUAACGUCCCCAGUUCGAUUGAAAUUUGCUCGAAAUAGACUAAUAAAUGGCGGGAAAUAUUUGGUACCAGAUAGAAAGUGUGGCGAAGACUAUCAAAUGCGUACGGCGGAACAAUUAUUGAAUGUCGAAAUCGACGGACACGAACCACCAGAAAGUACAGAAAUCCCCGCAAUUUAUUUACCAGCACCUCUGCCACCUUUGGUUUCAUAUGGCGAAAAACACACGCGUUACUCCGUGCCAAAACACCACAUAUGCAUGAAGUGGGAAAUUCCAUCAAAAGCGUUACAAAAAGAAGUCAACCCCAGCGUUGAAAUGGAAAUCAGUGCAUUUUCAUAUUCGCGACUGUGUGGAUCUUGGGAUAUCGCCGAACACUACAAAACCUACGUUGAAAUAUUACUCGAAGGAACUUUCUACACAAACCGAAACAGCGAUAGCCACAACGAUCCUAACAAUAUUACAAGGGCGAACGACACCGUUUUCUCACAAAACUGUAUGGAUAUUACAAUUCUGGGACCCGAAAACGAUAAUAUAUCGAGUUUUAAAAUUAUCAACAAAGAUCCGAUGCGGUGGUAUCGCAAGAGUGCGGAAGGGAGCGAGAAAUACGAAAACAAAUCAAAAACACUUGGACGAGAAUUGGGCUUUUCAUCUCCGUUCCGAUAUGACACAAGGCCUGUGAACAUGCCUAAACCUAUUGACGUCAGAAGUGACGUCAUUUGCUACGGUAAAGGAGGAUUUAGUGAGUUGGUUGCAAAUAACUGGUACAUUGGUAAAGAAAGAGUUAGUGAUAUCACCCUACAAUCGUCUAAAAAUAAAACCAGUAUUUUCAACGCUUCAUGCAAACGAGGAGUAAAUUUAAGCGGAAAUCCCUUCGUGAAAUUUUCUUACAAAAACAUGUACCCGUCUUUAAUCGAUCGGGAGGAAAACAGAAGAGCUUACGACUUUCGCGUUCAAGCACAAUUUUUUGUUUGUGAGUUGGAAGAAGACUUCGAAAAGAAAUCAAAUUUGACUGAUUCUAAAAGGUUCACGAUCUUUGUUAACCACGGAGUGACUAAAACUGAACGGGAACCAAAUUUCUCAGACACGGUUACAGAAUUUACAUCCCCAGAUUCUGGACAAAUGGAGACGACCAUAUCCGUUGAUUUAGCAAACAACCUAUGGCUGAAUAAAACAGGUCAUGCAUAAACACUAAUGUUAUUUUAUUGUUCAUUUUCUG